AUCUUACAUCUGCCUCCAAUGAUGCUACUCGUCCAAUGCUCUUUAAAAAUAAGGAACACGACAGUAAAUUGGGUCAUUUGAUAAAUUCGACCGGCAGUGGAGUUCGUCGACGUGUCAAAUUUUUGGUGGAAACACCGGAGUAUGAUCCUUUAUAUACAAUACGGACAUUCAAUCGUUUAAUCUCUGAUAUACUUGGUGGAACUUAUUCGAACUUGAAGCCACUGCGAAUA